AUGGACUGUUGCUGUAUUUGUAGAUUGUCUGGCUGUAUGGUGACAGAGGAAGGCUGUGGUUAUGUGUCUUCAGCUCUGAGUUCGAACCCAUCACACCUGAGAGAACUGGAUCUGAGCUAUAAUCACCCCGGAGAUUCAGGAGUCAAGCUGCUCUCUGAAAAACUGGAGGACUCAAACUGCUCAUUGGACAAACUGAAUGUGGAUCAUGGAGGAGAAUCCAGGAUUACAGCAGGACUAAAGAAAUAUGGCUGUUUUCUCACACUGGAUCCAAACACAGCAAACACUCGUCUCAGUCUGUCUGAGGAGAACAGAAAGGUGACACUUGUGGAAGAGAAACAGUCGUAUCCUGAUCAUCCAGACAGAUUUGAUCGUGUGCUUCAGGUGUUGUGUAGAGAGAGUGUGUGUGGACGCUGUUACUGGGAAACUGAGUGGAGUGGUGUUGUGUUUAUAUCAGUGUCAUAUAAGAGCAUCAGCAGGAAGAGAGGUGUUGAGUGUGUGUUUGGACGUAAUGAUCAGUCCUGGAGUUUGAUCUGCCGUCCCUCCAGUUACUCAUUCAGACACAAUAACAUAAAGACUCGUCUCCCUGUGAGGCCCAUCAUCAUCAGUAGAAUAGGAGUGUAUGAUGAUGAUAUCAGUAGAAUAGGAGUGUUUGUGGAUCACAGUGCAGGAACUCUGUCCUUCUAUAGCGUCUCUGACACAAUGAGCCUCAUCCACACAGUCCAGACCACAUUCACUCAGACGCUCUAUCCUGGGUUUGGGGUUUAUUAUGAAUCAUCAGUGAAACUGUGUUAAAGAAUCAGAGACUGAGGAGAGAUUCUACCCAUAAUGCUUUGAGCUGCAUGAUAAAUCAGUGACAGUGAGAUGUUAUAGUCUCUUCAUGACAUUAAUACUGCAGCUCAACUUCUGACACUGAAAUAACAGUCAGAAUAAAUGUGUCAGAAAUCCUCAUAUAUGGCGCUUGUCCACUGCGUGGUACGACUCGGUUUGCGUUUCCACUGCAAGUUCAGUGACGCAGGUAGUG